UCAAAAUUUUAAAAGUAUAUUCAAUAAAUAUGAUAUAGAAAUAUUUCGAUUUUUGGCAAUGGCAUUUUAAAUUGUAUGUGAAGUCACAGUGCGAAAGGAAAACCUACUGGGUUUGCAAAACCCAUUUAGAAAAUCCAUUAGUACAUGCUACAAAAAUACAGAAGGAUGAAGUUUAUGUCGUUAUUCUUAUUCCAAGUGAUCCUUAUGGUCUUGUACUUCGUUUUUGUGAAGUAUGGAGGUGAAAAGGACUAUGACGUUAAAGGAUUCGAAGGCACACAUGUAAUGAUAUUUAUUGGUUUCGGAUUUCUUAUGACCUUUUUGAAGAAAUACUGCUACAGCGGAGUUGGGUUUAACCUUUUCCUCGCUGCUCUUAUAAUACAAUGGGCACUGCUCUGCCAGUCGUGGUAUCAUAUGGAAGAUAAAUUUAUUUACAUCACAAAGAUGACAAUACUCGAAGCUGACAUUAUGGCGGCGACGAUAUUGAUCACAUUUGGUGCUCUUCUCGGUAUCACAUCGGUGAACCAAUUACUAUUUAUAGCUAUUAUUGAGACUGUGUUUGCGUGCUUCAACCUUUGGCUCAUUACAUCAAAGUUUAAGGCAACGGACGUCGGCGGUUCAUUGGCUAUACACACGUUUGGUGCAUACUUUGGCCUUGCUGCGAGUUGGGCAAUGGCUUACGGCCGCAAAAAAAAGAGCGAUCAACCGAAUCAAUUGAACAAGCCAAUUUAUUCUACCGACAUGACAGCUAUGAUAGGUACACUUUUUCUGUGGAUUUACUGGCCAUCAUUUAAUUCUGGUUUAACGCACUCAAACGCUGAAUAUCAACGAGCGGUUAUUAACACAUAUCUCUCUUUGGCUGCGGCGACCGUGACAACAUUUAUUGUAUCAUCGUGUGUUAAUGAAGAAGGAAAGUUGGAUAUGGUGCAUGUUCAGAAUUCAACACUGGCUGGUGGUGUCGCUGUCGGAGCAGUUUGUAACAUGCACAUUAGUUGUGGUGGAGCCAUCGGUAUAGGCGUCGGCGCUGGAUUUAUAAGUGUACUUGGAUACUCAUAUCUAACGCCAUCGCUUACUGAAUCCAGUAUCAUAGAUACUUGCGGUGUUCACAAUCUACAUGGAAUGCCGGGCGUGUAUUCAGGAAUCCUUUCCAUACUUUUUUCUUAUUUGGCAUCAUCUGAUGUUUACGGAGAUGAAUUAAGUGUUGUGUUCCCGGCUUUGUCAGGUGGUGGUGGAAAUGCCACUAACGGAACAGCAGCGCCCUCCAGCGACCAAGCGCUCGCGCAGUUUGAAGGAUUGAUCGCUACCUUAGUCAUAGCGAUCAUUGGUGGAAUAAUAACAGGUGCUUUAUCUAAAAUUGCGAUAUUUGUCCCUUUAAAAGAACCCGAAAAAUACAACGACGCAGUUGAUUGGGAACUCCCUAAGUGAGAUUAUAAAAUAACUAAUAAUUGUAAAUAGUAAGUUUGUUUUUGUAAAAUUAUGUCCUUUGAAUUGUAAUCUGCGUGUUUGUAAGUUGAAAAGUGCUGAAUAUAUAACAGGUAGUCCUUGCACUUGUGACAAUUUAGCAAAAAUGUAUUUACAAUUGUUUCGAUUUUUUUUUUGAAAAAGAAUCUUGAUAUUUAUUGUAACAGCGUGAAGUGUUUCAUAGUAUGUAAAAAUUGUUUUAUGUUUUAAAUACAGUAAUAUUAUUGAU